CAAGGAGACAGCCGCAUGCACCCGCGCUUGGCAACAUCACACACUGAUCCGGGAACAGCAGCAGCGGCAGCUCCUCUCUCCCACCCGCUUCAGCGUGGUGCGUCCCAGGCGCGCUCUCUUCACUUCAGAGGAUGGACUCAUCUCCUUCUCUUCACCUUUGCCACUGACUGUGACGUUGCCGUAGUUUGGCAGGAGUUGCUGGGGAAGGAGUUGGAACUGAUCCUCUGUCUGUUGUAUUUUGAUUGAACUGCUGCUGUGCACUCAUUACCGGGCUCCGGGAUGGCAAUGCACUUCCAUCUGCUGCUUCUGCAGUAUUAUUUUGUCUCGAGUUUUGUGUGUAAUGCUGUCGCUUUCGUGGAGGAGUCCUCCGGGGGCAGGUCGGACGGGUACUGCGGGCGGAUCCUCCGGGCGCAGACACACGGGACCCGGAAGGAUGGCCACCAUGAGUUCAGGCUCAGAGUGGAGGGAGAUCCGGAAACCUACCAGCCUGGCAGCACCUACAGAGUGGUCCUCCUGGCAACCAGUCCUGCUUAUUUCAGAGGUUUCACCCUCAUCGCACUGAAGGAGGGCAGAGAGGGCACCACUGAUGAUGACUACACUGGCCAGUUCCAGAUCAUUGAUGAGGAUGACACACAGUUCAUGACCAACUGUGCCCCUGCAGUGACAGAGAGCACACCUCGUAGACGCACCAGGAUACAGGUCUUCUGGACAGCCCCGCCUGCUGGAACCGGCUGCGUUAUACUGAAGGCCAGUAUUGUCCAGAAGAGAAUCAUUUAUUUCCAGGAUGAAGGCUCUCUCACCAUUCGACUGUGUGAGAAAGAGCGUGUGCCUGGUGAAGCCACUGAGGCUCCUGCCAUGGAGUGCUGUGCCUGUGGAACGGCCAAAUACAGGCUUACCUUCUAUGGGAACUGGUCAGAGAAAGUACAUCCUAAAGACUACCCAAGACGAGCCAACCACUGGUCAGCUCUGAUUGGCGCGUCUCACUCCAGAGGGUAUGUGCUGUGGGAAUAUGGAGGCUAUGCCAGCGAGGGCGUCCGUCAGGUUGCUGAGUUUGGCUCCCCCAUCAAGAUGGAAGAAGAGAUUCGACGGAAGGGAGAUGAGGUAAUGACUGUCAUUAAAACUAAGGCUCAGUGGCCGGCAUGGCAGCCGCUCAACCUGCGAGCAGCUCCAUCAGCAGAGUUUUCUGUGGACCGGAACCGUCACCUGAUGUCCUUCCUCACCAUGCUUGGGCCCAGUCCAGACUGGAAUGUGGGACUGUCAGGAGAAGACCUCUGUACCAAGGACUGUGGCUGGGUCCAGAGACUGGUGACGGACCUCAUCCCCUGGGAUGCAGGCACUGAUAAUGGUGUCACGUAUGAGUCGCCAAACAAGCCAUCCAUUCCUCAAGAGAAGAUCAGACCCUUGACCAGUUUGGACCACCCCCAGAGCCCGUUCUAUGACCCUGAGGGAGGGGCAAUUACCCCAGUUGCCAGAGUGGUGGUGGAACGCAUUGCUAGAAAGGGAGAGCAGUGUAAUGUGGUCCCAGACACCAUAGAUGACAUUGUAGCUGAUAUUGGACAGGAGGAGAAGGUGGAAGAUGACACACCAGAAACGUGUAUUUACUCAGGCUGGUCUCCCUGGUCGGCGUGCAGCAGCGCUACAUGUGAGAAAGGCCGUAGGAUGAGGCAGAGGAUGCUGAAGGCCCAGCUGGACCUCAGUGUACCAUGUCCACAUACCCAAGAUUUCCAGCCCUGCAUGGCACCAGGAUGCAGUAUGGAGGAGCCAUCGACGUGUAUGAUGUCGGAGUGGAUCAGCUGGUCAGCCUGCAGCGUGUCCUGUGGGAUGGGGAUGAGGUCUAGAGAGCGAUAUGUCAAACAGUAUCCUGAGGACGGCUCGCUCUGCCAGCUCCACACUGAGGAGACAGAGAAGUGUGUCGUCAAUGAUGAAUGCUCACCCAGUAGUUGUGUGGUGACUGAGUGGGGAGAGUGGGACCCAUGCAGUGUCACCUGUGGGUUGGGCAUGAGACGCCGUGAGCGCAUGGUGAAGAUGCCUCCUAUAGACGGUUCUAUGUGUAAGACUGAGGUGGCGGAAGUGGAGAAAUGCAUGAUGCCAGAAUGUCAUACCAUCCCCUGCAUGUUGUCACCGUGGUCCGACUGGAGCGAGUGCAGCGUGACGUGCGGGCGAGGCAUACGAACACGUCAGAGGAUGCUGAAGUCUGAUCCUGCAGAGUGCAUCGAGGAGCUGGAGCAGACCGAGAAGUGCAUGUUGCCCGAGUGCCCUGUCGACUGCAUGGUCUCUGAGUGGUCCGAGUGGUCCGAGUGCAACAAAUCCUGUGGUAAAGGACACACCAUUCGGACCCGUAUGGUCAAACUGGAGCCACAGUUUGGUGGCAGCCCGUGUCCCGAGACCAUCCAGAGGAAGAAGUGCAAGAUCAGGAAGUGUCGAUCAAAAACAAAGGAGGAGAGAGGUGGUGGAGGUGGAGGAGGAAAGAGAAGGAGACGGGGUAAACAGGGAAGAGAUGGAGCAGUCGAGGAGCAGCCAGCAGGUUGCAGGAUGAAGACUUGGACCAGCUGGACAGACUGUACCAAACCAUGCGGAGGAGGGAUCCAGGAACGUUUCAUGACGGUGAAGAAAAGAGCUAAGGGCACUCUGCUGUCCAGCUGUAAAGACCGGAAAGAGAUACGCGCCUGUAAUGUUUAUCCCUGCUAGGGGGCACUGCUGCGCUACAGAGGAGUGCGGGGGAGCAGUAAGGGUUUAUUUGACAAAGAUGAUGGGGAUGAAGGUGGGAGGUAAAGGUGAAGGUGAGAUGAUGGGUUGACACUUUGGAAAAAAAUGAGUUUAGGUAUGUAGAGGGCGGGGGAGAAGAAAGGAUGAAAAAAGAAGAUGCUGAUGUGUUGUUUAGUGAAGUCAUUGUAGGCAUUUAGUUCACAAGACUGACUUUUGGUUUAGACCACAAUGGAAGUGUUAUCUGUGUCCUGCAAAAAUAUUAGCUUUUCAGGAAUUUUAGAAAAAUAAUCAAAUACAGUAGCUUUUCCACUGAAACAUACAGCUUUUGUUUGUGUAUUUUCAGUAGUUUUGGCCCCUGGGGUAUAAAAUAGGGGAUUGGGAUCCCAUUAUUUCCUCUUGUUGACACCCAUUCAAUCCUAUUACUGCAAUUGUUUUAGAAGAUAAAAUCCAUGGAAGCCUGGGAUUUCUGGCCUAUAUCUGUCUCCUACUGUGUGCACUGAUGGAAGGACAGCCUUCUCCACACUUUUAUGAUAUCAUUAAUGAUGUUCUCUAAGGAUCAUUAAUGACACUAUGAAAUAUUUCACCCUUGGAAUGUCAUUAUUAACAUAAUAUAACUGGCUAAACUUAAUUUUUGUUUCUUCCUAUACCUAUUCAUAAUAAAAAGGUUGCCUGCUGCUGUGUGGCAAAAUAGUUACAGAACAAGUGUAAAAGAAUCAGAGCAAUGCCCACCAUAUAUCCACUUCUGCACAGGGGAUAGUUCCCACAUACCUAUCUAAAAUAACGAGAGAUAUAUGCAUCUUUUAGGUCAGGACUGCAGCCAGUAAAGUUACAAUCUUCAGUGUUAUCUGUGGUGUUUACAGGGCACAAAAGACUUUUGUUCCUUGGCUUAAACCUUUAAGGCAGUAAACAUAAGUGCACCCUUCAAAAGGCACCAAGCCUCUGCAGAAAUGCUGUCUUAAUGUCAGACAGAUGUCUUGAAUCCCAUGAGCUCCAUGAAAUGGAUGGUUAUAGCUAAAACAUUAGUAGUUUGCUAAGUAGGCACACACAGCUUUGAAUAUGAAGCGAACACAGCAAGGCACAAUAUCAAACAUAAAAAAUAACAUGGUGCAUUUUCUCCACUUCCAAGAUAGUUCUGAGAGCACUUAUUGUUCUACUACCACAUAAAAUAAAAAUUUAAAUGAAUAACUUUGAAUGACUUGAAAAUAAUGGACACACAUUAAAACAGACAAUUUGUCACUGGAUGGAAAAAAGACUAAACUGAAAUGUAGGAUUUUUUGCAGGACAUCAAUGCUCAUACAGGAAGUCUCUAAAGACUUAUGGAUGUACUGUAUGUCGACUAUCUAACCAACGCAUAUAAAUGACACUACUAUGUAAGUACUAAAAACAACUUUCCCUAAUAAACAGAUACAUUUAAAUGGAGAUGUUUUAUACUGUUAAAAUUAGUCUUUAUAUACUGUACUGCUAUUUAUCUGUUGUUUCAGCUGAUGUAGCAUUAAACCUGCGAUAGCUCUCACUCUGUCAGAAGAUCUUAUUUUCGCAUGUGCAAAAAUGUAUGGUUGGACAGUUCGCUCUUUCUGUCGUAGGUGUUGUCUUAAAACAGAUAGCUCAAUGACUGUAUCUGUAUCUGUUGGCUCUGGAGAACACAAAUGGUUGGAGAACUAGAAGUUUCACAUCUUACACGUGCUGUGCUGGUUGCAAUAGAGGUUGUAUGGAAAACAUUGCAGAGGUUUCUACAGUAUCAAAACUUGUAGGACAGCUCAACAUAUAGUAGACUGUUACUGGGGCCUUGGUAACAACACACUUUAUUUUCAUGUAUGGUUUUUGUUGCGCUUUUCUUUGUAUUGCCAUGAUAUAAUGCAAGUGAUCUGCAAAAUCUUUUUUUUAGUAUUACUUUAGAUUAGGUUGCAUUCUUUUUCUGUUUUAAUAAGAAUGUCAUCACCAAAGUUCUAUUUUCUGUGGAUGUUUUCUUGACUUUUUUGCCUUUGCUCUUUUUUGUUUUCAGGCCUCUUUCUUUUAUUUCUUUGCCUCUGUAUCACUGUACUAUUUUCUAAGAAACCACCUUUACAAUAAAAAAUGUAAAUGUGAAAAUCA